AUGACUGAUGGUAAUAGGAAUUUAAAAAUAACAGCUCCAGUAGGACAGGAGCCCCAUGAGAAAGAAUCAAACCUAAACUUAAACGGAAUUGACACUCUUGAUGACUUUGACAUAAGCCCAGGAGACCGCCUUAGUUCAUUUGAUAAGAUUUCUAAAUAAGUCUUCUGAUAUUAUACCUUCUUACAUUGAGAAUGUAAAGAAAGUACCUACUUUCCAAGAAAAUGCAGAGACUCAAGAAUCUGGUGAUAAAAAUAUGGACUAUGAAGAGACCAGACAGCUAAUAAAAGAACCUAGUUACGAGAAGAAGAUGUCUGGAGAUCCAUAUAAUCAGAGCUCGAGCUUAUAUAUCUCACAAAGACUGGAAGACCUCAGUAACUUCGUUUCAAAAAUGCCAAAACUUGAAAGUGAUAAAACAAUUCAUAAAGGAGGCUGUAGUAGUAUAGUAGAAGAAAAUGAGAAUAAUUUUUCUAAGCCUUCUUCAGUGAGCCCUUCAGACUCAAGUCUUACGGAUUCAGCGACACUUCUAGAUUCGUACUUCUCACGUAGUUCACCGACGAAAAUGGAUUCAUUAAUGGAGAAGCUGAGGACCGAUCUCAAGAGGGAAUUUUCAGAAAUCCUGUGAAAAUCUGACGCACUUAAAGUCUACAAAGUCCUUGAUGAGAAAAUGGAUGAGGUCAUGGACAAGAUCAAAGGGGAAAGCAGCCUUGAGAACAACUAUGAAACUUCGAACAGUAUUGAUGAUGACUCAAGUGACAGUAUUUAUGAUAGUAUAAACUUUUGUGACAAUAAAUUAACAGACAGUGAUAUAAAAUUAAGCCCUAAGAAGUCAACAUCUUUUAACUAUCGCAAGGGCUUAUAA